UUAACUUAUUUAAAUGUUUUAUGAACAGACAGAUAAGUAAUUAAAUUCAUUUUUUAAUAAGCAUUUACAUAUCAAUGGUCAAAGAUUGACAACACAUAACUGAGAAUUUUUCCCAAAUUUAGUUAUAUUUAAUUCAAAAUAGGCAUGGAUUAUAAUAUUCACAAAAUAUGCCGGGUUUGUCUGGAGGAAGGCGCACUCACCUCUAUAUAUAGCACUGAAUUUGCGAUGAUGCCUUGCACCAUGUUGAUGAUGUGCGCCAAGAUACGGGUUUAUAAAAGCGAUGGCUUGCCAGCAGUCAUAUGCAAUAAUUGCAUUUAUCGUUUGGGAGUCGCUUAUCACUUCAAGCAGGAGUGCGAAAACUCGGAUAUGAGGCUGCGUCAGUACCUGGGUUUGCAAGAUCGGGGAUAUGGUUUCUGUGAAGCAGCAACCAACACAGAUUUGGCAAUUACAUCUUUGGACAGUAAACCAAACGCGUACUUGGAGCAUGAUUCAGAAGACGAGUCGGAUGUGGGUGAAAAUGUGAGAAAAAGUAAGCGCCGUUCGCGAUACCAACGCAAGCCUCCUGAGCAACAUAAGCGUCGCGGCCCCAAACCCAUACCGAAGUUACCUCAAACCUGCUAUGAGUGUAAUAAAACUUUUAAAUGUGCCGCACAACUGCAAAUGCAUUUGCGCACACAUACGGGCGAAAAGCCAUUCGCAUGUAAUUUCUGCCCUCGUCGCUUUGCCCAAAAGUAUAAUCUCCACAUUCAUCAACGCACUCACACUGGUGAGCGUCCUUUUCAAUGUGAGAUUUGUUCAAAGCAAUUCUCUGCAUUGGGAAACUUUCAAGCGCACCAAAAGAUACACACUGGCAUACGUGAUCAAUUGUGUCCAGUGUGUCAGAAGGCCUUCUAUAGCGCCGGCGAUCUUUCCAAGCACAUGGUAAUACACACGCAUUUAAAAAAUCAUCAUUGCGAUGUGUGUGGCAAGUCUUUUAGUCGUCAACGUGACAUGCAGGCCCAUAAACGUAAACAACAUGUGCUGCAAGAGCGUAGUGAAGACGACGAAGAUGAGGCAGUUGACACCUCCUGCCCGGAUCCGGUGGUAGUGGUGGGUGGUGGUGUUGUGCCGGGCGCUUCCGUACUCCACGAAAGCUUCAAAUGUCCAGACUGUGAUAAGGAAUUCGGGUCGGCGAGCAGUUUGAGUGUUCACUUUCGUACGCACGCCAAUAGUAAUUUGCUAAGUUUGCCACUUACCGGCCAAAUGCCGCCACAUCAUUAUCAUGCACCGCCACCACCGCCGCCGUCAGCUCCUCCUCCACCGCAAACGCAUGCUGCACUCGCCCACGAUGGCUUGCAUGCACACACGCAUCAUUUGUCCUUGAAUGCGCCACUACAAGCCAACCAUCCGACACAUAUGACACAUCAUCCGACGAUGGCGCAUAUGCUAGCAGCAGCACAGCAACCGCCGCCACCACCGCCCACGCCAUCGGCGCAAAGUAGUGCGGCAUUAAGUAUGAUGCAUGCGGCACAGCGAUUGCAUCCAUUCUGAAGGAAUAUGAGGCAGUCUUAAAUUUAAUUAGACAAUUGUAUUGUAGUAAUAAUUUAUUUCUCGGUAUAUGUAUUUAUUUUAACGUACAUAUAUGCUGAUAAAAGUGUAUACAAAAGUGGAAGGUUAUCCUCUAAAUAUUCACGCACAAAAUAUUUGUACUUGUAAACUCUAAUAAACUA